AUCUGAAUAUUUUUUCUCUCUUCUCUUCUUUGUUCUUCAGAGUGCUUCAGAGCUUCAGACUUCAGAAGUUUUCUUUCCUUGCUGGUUUAUGGUUGUUAUUCUGUUUUGGUUAGUUAUGAAAGUUGGGCGUCUGCUUUUAUUUUUUCUUUAAUUCUAUUUUAUACACUUUUCUAGUCAUUUCCAAGUUUACAGUAAUGUUUUGAAUUGUUCUUAAUUAAGCAUGCAGUGUGAAAUUCGGGCUUUGAGUGAACGUCGCGAAAGGAAGCGAGUCUCUGACACGUUGCCCAAGCCAGGUCGUGUUAAUGAAGUGUGCAAGGAGUGGCUCGUGAAAGAAGAUGGAGCACUUGCUUAUCAACUACAACAAAAAGAGGUGCAAGAACACUACAGUGGCAAUCGGUCGCGAAACGCAAUAGUGCGCGAAGACUUUCCAAAGGCACUCGAUGAGCAGAAGAGAGAAGAAGAGGAGGCGAUGGCUCGCUACCUGCAAAUGACUCGGCUCCAAGAAGAGAGAGAUGCAAGACUGGCGAAGGAGUUUGAACAACGAAUAAAGCUGGAAGAAGAAGAGAAACUACGAAGACGGCUACAUGAAGACGAGGCAAUAGCAAGUCAAAUUCAAGAGAAGGAGCUGCAACGAACAAAAGAGGUGGGGGGCAAGAAUCGACACCUGUCGGCAGCUGUUGGAAGCUCGCAAACGGCGCUAGCAACGGCAUGUUUGGGCGAUGUAAACAGUGUCGGUCUGCCCCUGCCUGCGCAACUCCCUCCGCCCAUUACGCAUGCGCACAAAAACACCCAUCAACAACAGCAUCACCAACAUCAUUUGCAACAACUCACCAAACAGUUUAGAGCUACCAAUGUACAGGAGGAUCUAGACGAACCAGAUCUGACCGAUUUGGAGUUCCAAGAAGAAAUGAUGCGACAAAUGCAAGAGAAAAAAGAUGAGGAAUUGGCAAAACUGCUGCAACAACAAGAAGAGGAGAUGGACUCGCUGGGAAUGGUAGACAAGGACAGAUUGAUGGCAAUAGAGGCUCAGGACAAGGAACUGGCCAAACUGCUGCAGGAUAGGGAACGAGCAAAAGCGAGAAGAGCAAGAGAGAGAGCCAAGCAGAGAGCUCUGCUCAAGAAGCAGCAGCAGCAAGAGAGAGACGGUGCGGAGAGAGAGGUGGGGGAGAUGCCCUCGCCAUCGCGACCCAACAACCUUGAUGUCAUCAGGAUAAACAAACCAAAGAUGCCGGAACCGGAAGAGAUUGAGAGUGUGGCGAGUGGGUGUAGUGGUGGGGGUGGGGGUGGCGUUCACACACUGCCCACCAACAUUGCAAUGGCCAUCGACCCCACCUACACCCCGCCCCACCCCACUCUGUCGCACCAUAGCACCACCACCACAUCUAGCUCCAUAUCCAGUCCGUCCUACUCUCUGCCCUCACCAGAUUUCGAAGAAGAAGAUGAUAGCCCUGUCCCACCCUACAUGCCAAUCCAAGGUCAAAGAAGAACUUCGUCGCUGGAGAAGAAACACAAAAAGAACAAGAAGGACAGUUGCAAGCAGCAGUAGUUGCGAAAAUUCGUGAUAAUUUUUUUUUUUGGAAAAUCAAUGUUGAUAGGCAGCAAUUCGGGGUCGUGUCUUAUGAACGUUCCUAGCCAAGCUCGUUUUGGUUGUCUACCAAUCAGCCACUACAAUAUUUGUGAUUGGCUGUUUGGUGAGAAGAACUUUCUUAGUCCCGCACGCGUCAGUUGCCUAGCAACCUUGAACAAUCAGUAGGAUUCAAGCACAGCUGGUUGCUAGGCAACCAAAGCAUGCUUGGCUAAGAUCGUUAUUAAGAAACGUUUAUACGACCCUUGAUCAUUACGAUUACCAUAAGUAUAGUGUAAGUAAAGUAAUAUCUGCAUUUUCUUGAUAAGGUUGUCUUCAUUACCAGAUAAUAGGAGUAUUGGUAAUUCUAAUUUACUCCUUAAUAUGUAUGAUCUUAUGAAGAUGAAAAUUUUAAUUAUUGAACAAAUGUGCAACAAUAAUUUUAUUACAUUAUGUUGGUGAUUGUCAUUACGAAAGUUUUCAAACCAAUUGGAGGAUUCUAAUAGAAUUGUAAGUGUAAUUUUAAUUUAUAGAUUGAUCAAAUCUUCAUGGAAUAUGGUUUCGAUUUCCUGUUAGAACAUUUAGAAUUUUAUUAUACAACGCACAAGCUGGGCCCUGUUGCAUGAGGAAAUGCAAGCUAAUAUUUUAGUAAUUUGCUAUUCUAAUAACCAGCUAACUACUAGUAUUAUUAAUUUGUAUUUUAGCAUUCAAUAGGCUCCUGAAAGCUGUUUCAAUCAUUGUGAAAAACCAAUUUGUAAUACUUGAUUUUGUGGAUGGAUUUAAACUGUAUGAUGUUAGUUUAAAAAAUUAAGCAGCAGUAUAUGUUGAAAGGUACUACGCUAAAAUACUAUAGAAUUGGAACUUGAUCACGAUGAAAUCACGAUCAGAUUGAUUUAGAGCUUCUAAAAUAAUAGAUUUAGAUAAUAUGAAAAAUAAUGAAUGUUCUUAUAAAGAAUCAGAACUACAUCAAGAUGGAAUCAUGAAAAGGCUGCUACUACCAGUUUUAUUUAGUUAAUUGAUAUGAAACAUAUUAAUUUUUAAUAUACUCGUAAAUAUGAAUGCAGCUUUGUUCAGUUAGCAAUUAUCAUACCAAAUUAACUACUUAUCACAGAAUGCUGAUAAACUAAUAUGAAUAGUAGAAACAUGUUUGUAUGGCUUUUUGUUGGUAGCGAGUCUGUUACGGGACCAUCUAAUGCGAAUAGUAUAAUAGUGUGCUAGAAAAUAAUUGUAACAAUGUUUUUUAGCACAAAUUUGAAGUCAAUUAAUUGAAAUGGAAUUUGCACUGCCAGAACUGCCUUAAUAUUGAAACCAUAUUUUGGUAUCUAAUUUUUACUUGAAUAGUUUAGUUGAGAUUUUGUAUCGAAUAGCAAAGAAUCUCAAUGCUGUUUAUUUUUUGAGAAAGCUUUAAAUAAAUGUUAGUGUAUGUGGUGUAAUGUGAGUGAUUAACCAAAUGUGGAAUUAGAUUAGCAUUAUUAGCUGCAUAUUUUAAAGUAAUAGAGAAGGAUAUUUUUCAAUAGUCCAGGUGUUUUCUAUCUUACUAUUUUUAACUAAAGUGAUUCUACAUUUUUCUAUUGAUAUAUAAUAUUAUACUUACAUUUUCAUAGAAUAACAUCAUUUUUUUAUUUUUCAACAGAAUAAUAUUUUUAAUUAACUGGAGGUUUAUAAAAAAAUAUUAGUCAACUCAACCAAGUGUACUUAUAAACUAAAGCUGCGUUUACAUCAAAGUUAUUAACAAAAUCCUUAGAUUCUAUUAGAUUGAACAGAACUUGACAAACACAUAAUAUGUGUAUGAAAAGUCAUGUUCAAUCUAAUAUCAAUAGAAUCUAUAAGGAUUUUGUUAAUAACUUUGGUGUAAACGCAGCUUUACAUUGAACUUUUAUAUAAAUUUUAUACGAUAAGUUAUAACAACUGAUUCUUGAUUUGAAAAUUAUCAAGUUUCAUAACUUAUAUUCUACUAAUUCGUGAUAUAAGGUUUGCUUGUUUGACUUAACUAAUCCAGCAUGUUUUUUUAUAAUUUUAAUCCAUGUCUUACUAAUGAAAACCCAUUGAAGAAGCUACUGUAUCAAUUCUCAUACAUUUUUAAAACGUUUAUUCUUUAAAUGCCACUUAAAUAAUUGCAAUAAGUUAUCCAAUUAUUUUUCUCGUCAAUAUGGUAGCUCUAAUCGCACAUUUUCUAAUAUUAUACUUCUAUGAAUUUGAGUACUUUUAUAAACUUGUUGUACUGAAAGCAAUUAUUUGUAAUAUGAUUUAGAUUGUAAUUCAGUAGUAUAUAUCAAAAUUCAACUUUUAAGCUGGUAUCCCAACAUGUAAUCAAAUUCAACUCUUAUCAUGAAUUUGUUUAUCAAUUUAUUCUUCCUCAAUGCAGCUUUAUCAUGAGAUGAAAGUAAUUUUGUUUAAUUUCGACGAAUUCAGUAUUCUUGAAACACAGUAUUAUCAUUCCAUUUCUGUAUUCCAAGUUAUAUUUCAUUCUACAGACUAAUUCUUCCUCAAAAAUAUACUCUUACAACGAAGACUUGUGAAAUAGUAUUAUUGUAUAUACAUUUCUUAUCUAUUCUCCAACUGCAAUAAUUUUGUUUUGUAGCUAUAGAUUCCAUAGUCUAUAUGAGAUCUACAUAACAAAAAUUUAUUUUCAAAAAUAUUUAGUGCCGGUUGCUUGAUGAAAGCCGGUUAAAUUUUAAUCAUGAUUAAUUUCAUGAUUGAAAUUUAACCGGAUUUUGUGCAAUCGGGUCUUAGCUGUUAAUCAUUGUGUUGUUUUUUGUUAUCAAUAUUAUUUGUUUAUAAUCUAUCAAAUGUAAGCUGUAUAACCAUUUAUUCGAUGUAUUAUUUGUAGAUUUUUAAAAUAUAUUUUAUUGUAUGUGAUAACUUUAUAUUACUGUACUAGACGUUGUUUUGAUGAAUUUAAAUAUAUUAUUAUGAUCACUUAA